AUGGUAAUCCCCCAAUUUCCGUUGUCGGAUCGUAAUCGACUACAAAAUUUGGAUAAAUUGUCAACAGAAGAAUUAGAACCCGAGUUCGUCACUGAAGUAUCUAGGGUGGUCAAAAGUAUUUUAUCCACUUCACCGCCAAAGUACAUCGGAUCAUCCUUAAUGACGGGUUUAUCAUUUAUGAAAUUUCUUCAAGAAUGUGUUGAAAAAUUAAAUGAUACCAAAAAGGAAUUCUUUAAAAGGGACAUCGGAAGAAGCUCAAGCCAGAGUGGAAGUUCUAGAAGAUCUGCGCCACGAAACUUGAACAUUUCAUCUAAAACGGAAUCCAAUUAUAUCCUUCUCAGUUUAGAGGAGGAAGGUUAUACCACGCCAGAUGAAAAAGUAGAACAACUUAUAACAAAAUUAACAAAAUCAAAAUAUUUAUAUGCUCUAAAAUUACUUUUUGAAAAUCUACAAAAUAAAUUUUCAUCUCAAAUUUUAGUUGAUUCAUUAAGAAGUUUAGCCAAUCCUACACUAUUUGACCAUCAUUCAAUGGAAAUUGUUACAAGAUUGGAAUUACACUUACGAACUUUGGUAGCAGCUUUGGAACAGAUAUGCUUUUCGCAGAUAGUUAUUGGUAAAGAAAUUCGGGAUAAAAUUUACGAUUCUUUAACGAAAUUUGCGGAAUUCCAUCGUAAAAACAUACAAGUUAUUGAAGAAGGACUUGUUAGCGGCCUUAAGUCAAAGUACAAUCCAUCAAAUCAACAAGAUGACAUAGAUAACAAGGGUAUUGAAAAGCAUAACUAUAAUAUUGACUUUUUGUUGAUUCACUUGCGCGAUACACUACAUAGCCUGCGUGAUGAUGAAAUUUGGUUUCAAGAAAUUUUAAGAAGAAUUAAGGAAUUUUUGAAGGCUGUUUUAAAUAUUGCACCAGGACUUACAAGUAUUGUUGCACCCGGAGUUGCUCUUCCAAAUGACAAUUGUUCAAUAUUAUCAAUGCUUACUCAAUUACGUCAAGGAUUAAGUUUUAAAUAUCCGGUCGCUUCUUAUUAUAUAAAUUGGAGAAUUAUGUUGAUAAUUCAACAUAAUCUUUUAAACUGGUCUAGAGAGUGGAAUAGUGUUGCUGAUAAAACUAUGUUAAAUUCACAGACUAAAUUUGAUGAAGUAUCAAAUAAACUCUUCAAGACUUUAAGAAACGCUGGGGGUUUUUUAAAUAAUCUUGCCGGAAACGAACCACUAGCGUUACCAAAUAUGUUAUGGUUUGGCAUACUGGAUCUUGCACAAAAUCUCAUUCAAAAAUCUACUCAACCGGUUAUUCAAGGACUUUUUUAUUAUUUGGCAAUUGAAUCACUAAACAAAGCUCUAAGUAGUUUCAUUCAAUUUAAAGCAAUUGAGAUAUUGUUACACUUGCAAAAUAUAAACGAGGAAUUAUUUUCAAUGGUAGAAAUUGAUUUCAAACAAUACGCGCAAAAAUUAUAUGAAAACAAUUCAAAUAGUGAAUCAUCGGAAAGAUUUCAAUGUUUAUUAUCAUUCGUUAAAGAAAAAUGUCAUCAAGACUUAAUUAUGUUAAAUGAUGAUAUAGGAAAAGGAAAAGGAAAAUGUAUAGAUAUAGAUAAGAAUACAUAUUUUAGACAAGAGCAUACAUUAAAUUCCCGUAAGAUAAUGGAUAUUAUCAUAGAUGAAAUGACUUUUCCUAUUAGUCUUGGACUGGAAGAUCAAUUUUAUCUUUUAAAAUGUCAACAUAAGAUAUCAUUAAAUAUGUAUAACAAAUUAACACAAAAAAAGUGUCCUAUAUGUCGAGAAAGUAUUGAAAAUAAUGAUGUCAAAUACGUGUCACAAAAAACUAUUUAUAAACAUCUAUAUCCCUGUUUAGAGGAUCAAACAAAUAAACAACAUGAGGAUGAUUCCGAGGACGAUUCUGGUAAUUCAGAAGUUGAUCAAAUAAUAAUUAAAAAAAUGAAUCUUAAAGAAAUUAAAUUGAAAUUAGAUAUAUUACAACCAAAAAAACUACGUCCGUCUUAUCAGAAUGUUAUAAAUGAAUUAGCAAAUAAAAAUUAUGAAAAAGCUAUAUCAAUAGGUCAAGUAUAUUUAAGAAAGUUUCCUAAUAGUUAUACAAUGAGAUGUAUUUUAGCUUAUGCUUGCAGAUGUCUUAAUAACUAUAAGCAAGCACACUCAUAUUUAGAUGAGGCUAUUAUAAUAAAAAAAAGCAAACCUAUUGCAUAUUUUAUUCGUGGAGAAAUACUUUUCAGGCAAGGCGACUAUUUUUUAUCAAUAAAUGAAUUAGAAAAAUCAAAAAACCAAAAUAAUAAGUUGAAUAUAAUUUUAGGUAAUUGCUAUCUUUUGGAAAGAGUAUAUGAUGCUGCUUUAGAAAGCUAUGAGGUUGCAUUACAAAAUGAUUCGAGAAAUUAUUUAUGUUUGAAGUAUUGUGCAUUUAUUUAUGAAAUUCAAGAAAGAUAUUCAGAAGCGUUAGAAAUGUUAGAUAAAUUACUGGAAAUUAAUCCAGAAGAUUCUUUAAUACUAUGUUAUUAUGGAGAAAUUCUUAAUUAUUUAAGAAGAUAUUAUGAUUCAAUAUCGCAAUUUACAAAAGCAUAUAAUAUUGAUCCUGAGAUUACCCAUAUCUUAAUUAAAAAAGCUUUCACUCAUUACGAACUUCACGAAUAUGAAAACGCUCAAUUAGAUCUUAAUGAAUUGAUGCAAUUAGAUUCUUCAAAUAGUCUUGUAUAUUUUUAUAAGGGACUAAUAUAUUAUGCAUUAGGAAAUAAUGAAAAAACUAAAAUUGAAGUUGAAAAAUGCGUAUUAUUAUUCGAUUCUAAUGAUAACUUGGCAAUAUUUUUGUCAAGAUAUUUUGAUGAUAAAACAUUCAAUAGCGGAAAUAUUUUAUAUAAAUAUUUAAUGCAAGAAUAUUUAGAUACAAAAUUAUGGUCAUUUAUAUACGAUUAUCAUAUUAUUAGAGAUGAUAAUUUGAGUAAACUUGGAAUAAUUAAUAAAUUUUAUAAUGUCAUGUAUAAAAGAAAAGGAAUCUAUUUUCUUUCUAAUCUUGUAAGUUUAAAUAGUGAAUUUAUUCGGUUUCAAGAAAUGGAUUCAAAUAGUUUAUCUGGCCAUGUGUUAUCUUUUGAAGAUGAAGUAAUUCCUAUUGUUUUGCCCGAACUUAAAUAUAAUUCCCAUGAAUAUUAUUAUUAUUGUUUGAAACUAAAUGUUAAAAAGAUAUUGAAUAAAGAUUUUUCUGUGGAGUUUAUUUUUAAACAUCUAAAAGAAAUACAUUUAUUAAAAUACGAGCAGUUAUCUGCACUUAUUGGAUUGGGCUGGGUUGAAUAUACACUUCCAUUUCACUUAUAUAAUCCGUCACAACUUUCAAUUAAUUUAAAGAAUAAUUCUAUAAUUAUGCAAAUAGAUUAUGUUCGAAUGAAAUGGGAUAUAGGUAAUGAAAUCGAUAUUCCUGAGAUGGAUAAUCCCUUUCAAAUCUAUAAUUCUUGCCCAAAUAUUCCAGAAAUAUUUAACGACAAAUAUUUUUCAAAGAAGGAAAUGGAAAAUUUGAUUGAAUUAAAAGACAUCAUUUAUUAA